AUGUAUCUGAAAAAUCUCUUGUCAAUCCUCUGUUUUGUCCUUGUCUUUAGCUUCAGCUAUGUGUAUGGACAACAAUGCGGAGAGUCAAUGUUUUUCACACCAAACAGUGCUUACGAUACAAACCGUCGUCUAGUUCUCUCAACUCUUGCUUCAAACGUCAGUUCUCAAAACGGCUACUACAACGUUUCGGUCGGUGAAGGCCCUGGAAAGAUUUAUGCCUUAGGUCUCUGUAUCCCAGGGACUGAUCCAAAGGUCUGUUCUGAUUGUAUCCAACCUGCGUCCGAAGGUUUAUUAGAAAAAUGUCCGAACCAGACCGACUCAUUCGACUGGAGAGCCGACAAGACGCUCUGUUUCGUUCGUUACUCGAACAGCUCGUUUUUCAACCGGAGGGAUUUGCAGCCGACACAAGCAGAGUACUUUACUAAACCGUUCCCGGGGAACAUUACAGCUUAUACCAGAACAUGGGACUCGCUUAUGGAGUUUAUGAUCACACGAGUCGGUCAGCCUCGAUACCUAGCCGAUAUAUCUCCUCGGAUAGCUAAUGAGAGUAUAUACACGUUGAUGCAAUGUAUUCCGGGGAUAUCUCCUGAAGAUUGUGAAACCUGUAUUCAAGCAAAUGUUGAUGAGUAUCAGAAAUGUUGCAAGGGGUUCAUGGGUGGAAGCGUUCGCAAACCGGUCUGCUUUUUCCGGUGGGAUGGUUAUCCAUAUCUUGGUGCCUUUGGUGUCACGCCGUCGCUACCUCCUCAAGCAUCUCAACCCGCGCCGCUUCCUCCUCCUCCUCCACCAGAUGGAAAAUCGAUUUCUACGGGAGCUAUUGUUGCGAUUGUUGUUUCCACGGUUAUAUUUUUGGCGCUGCUCGCUUUAGGAUUAGUUAUUUGGAAGAGAAGAAAAUCGUACAAAACAUUAAAACCUCAAACUGAUGAUGAUAUGACAACUCCACAGUCUCUACAAUUUGAUUUUGCAACAAUUGAAGCGGCAACAGAUAAUUUUUCGAGCGACAACAAGCUAGGCCAAGGCGGAUUUGGUGAAGGAAAGUUACCAGAUGAAACAGAAAUCGCGGUGAAGAGGCUAUCGAGAAAUUCGGGACAAGGCACACAAGAGUUUAAGAACGAGGUUGUGCUUGUGGCUAAGCUUCAACAUAGGAAUCUUGUUAGGCUUCUUGGGUUUUGCUUGGAAGGAGAUGAACAAAUACUUGUCUACGAGUUUGUUCCAAACAAAAGCCUUAAUUAUUUCCUUUUUGAUUCAACAAAGAAGAGCCAGCUAGAUUGGACAACAAGGUACAACAUCAUAGGAGGGAUAACGCGAGGGAUUCUCUAUCUUCAUCAAGACUCAAGGCUCACCAUCAUACACCGUGACAUCAAAGCGAGUAACAUUCUUUUAGAUGCCGAUAUGAACCCUAAAAUUGCGGAUUUCGGAAUGGCUAGGAAUUUCAGAGUGGACCAAACUGAAGACAAUACAAGAAGAGUGGUUGGAACAUUCGGUUACAUGCCUCCAGAGUAUGUGACACAUGGCCAAUUCUCUACCAAAUCUGAUGUCUAUAGCUUUGGAGUAUUGAUUCUAGAAAUUGUUUGUGGCAAGAAGAAUAGCAGCUUUUAUCAGAUGGAUGAUACUGGUGGCAAUUUAGUUACACAUGUUUGGAGGCUUUGGAACAAUGAAUCACCCUUAGAUCUCAUCGAUCCCGUGAUUAUGGAAAGAUAUGAGGAAGAUGAAGUCAUUAGAUGCAUCCAUAUCGGACUACUAUGCGUUCAAGAAACUCCCGCAGAUCGUCCAGCCAUGUCUACAAUCUUNCANAUGCUUACNAAUNCCUCCAUUACUCUACCUGUGCCUCGNCCACCUGGAUUUUUCUUCAGGAACAGACCAAAUUUGGACCCUUUAACCUAUGGAUCCGAGCCGGGCCAAUCCAGCAGCAAGUCUAUUCCUUGUUCUAUAGACAGUGCAUCAAUCACUAGUCUCACUCCUCGUUGA